UGGAACAAUUCAAACAUAACCAACUUGUGAUGGUACCAAUCUGGCUCGUGUCCUGAUGUGUCGUCUGAAUGCACACAUAUUUACCAUUGCAUAAAGUAAAUUUAAAAUGCCCUAAAUGUAUAUGUUUUUAUAUUUAUCCAAUUAUAAGUUCGAGAUUAAGUUAACUAAAAUUGUAAUGGAACAAUCUGGCUCGUGUCCUGGUGUGUCGUCUGAAUGCACACAGAUUGGCCAUUGCAUAACGUAUUUCUAAACCAUUAUUUUCUGAAGCAAAGACGUCUAUAUGCGUCUUGAAUUAUGUGGAACAAUUCAAACAUACAUGUUUCGCUCGCUACUCUGGUUUAAAUAAAUGAUUACAAAGCCCAGUCGAAUUGUAAUAAGACCCAACGUUUCGACACUCCAGUCUAGUGUCUUCAUCAGGGGUGAUCUAAAACUGCGAUCGUAGCUUCUUAAAUACCCAAGGGAUGACGUCAUAACCAACUUGUGAUGGUACUAAUCUGGCUCGUGUCCUGAUGUGUCGUCUGAAUUAAGUUAGCUAAAAUUGUAAUGGAACAAUCUGGCUCGUGUCCUGAUGUGUCGUCUGAAUGCACACAUGUUGGCCAUUGCAUAGCGUAUUUCUAAACCAUUAUUUUCUAAAGCAAUGACGUCUAUAUAUAUGCGUCUUGAAUUAUAUGGAACAAUUCAAACAUAACCAACUUGUGAUGGUGCUAAUCUGGCUCAUGUCCUGAUGUGUCGUCUGGAUGCACACAUGUUGGCCAUUGGAUAGCCGCCAUAGCAUAUUUCUAAACCAUUUUCUAAAGCAAAGACGUCUAUAUGUGUCUUGAAAUAUUUGGAACAAUUCAAACAUAACCAACUUGUGAUGGUACCAAUCUGGCUCAUGUCCUGAUGUGUCGUCUGAAUGUACACAGAUUUACCAUUGCAAUAAAGUAAAUUUAAAAUUCACUAAGUGUAUAUACUUUUUAUAAUUGUACAAUUAAUUAAGUUAACUAAAAUUGUGAUGGGGCCAUCUAUCUCGUAUCCUGAUGUUGGUCAUUGAUACUGGCUUGUGUGGUGAGAUGUGGUUCGAAUGACCAGACUAUGUAUUGCAAAACGUCUUUUUUCGAAAAUUUAUUUUUGUAUGAUUGCAGAAGCUGUUAAAAUUCAUUUUCAAUCGCGGACGAAGUUGGCACGCAAUCCAAUUAAACCAAGAAAGAAACUCAGGAUGUGUAUGCGAAGUAGGAGAGAAAGGGUAUUAAUAUCCUAUUGAUUGCUGUUGUUGUUGCUGUUGUUGUUGUUGUUGUUGUUGUUGUUGUUGUUGUUGUUGUUGUUGUUGUUGUUGUUGUUGUUGUUGUUGUAAAAAAAUUAAUGUCGAUAAGUGCAUUGGUAAACAUAUUGUAUUUUGGGGGAAGGUAAAAUUUUCUUUGCCAAAUAGCCGUAAUUUAAUUGGGUGUUGUAUAAUCAAGAUUGUAACACUUAUUUAUUUCAAUAUUUAUUUAAUUCGCCUACUUUUUCACUAAUGACAUUCAGGGCUAUCCUCUUUACUGCGCCGGAAUACAUUAAUAAUAUGUUUAAAUUCUGUGAGAAUAGUACUUACAAUAUGAGAAGCAAUAGAUGUAAGCUCGCAUUGGGCAAACUCAGUUGAAACUUUAUGAAAAAAAGUUUCUCGUACCGGGGCGCUGUCGCCUGGAAUAAUUUACCAGAUGUCUUAACUAAGGCCAAUGAGCAAUUUUCAAAUUUUGCUUGAUAAAUAUUUUUACGAAUUGAAUGACGUUUGAAAUCUGCUCUAAUUCCUCUUUUUAACGAGAAUAAGGAUUCGUUCUUAAAAUUUAACUAGAGAGCAUGUAUUUGACGUUAUUUUCAUUGUAUUUGUAUAUACCUAGAUUAGUUUGUAGUUUGAAAAGUUAAUUUGUAAAUAAUUACUGUCGUUCCAAUUGAAGUGUUCCUCAAAUAUUGAUUCAAUACAUUACCUCAGGCUGACCAAUUCAUUUCAUCAAGUUCCUCGAGAUAUUGAUACACUUCCUGUGAAAGAGCCAAUUCCAAGAAUUUGAUCAUUUCUGGUCACUUCCUUUCUAUUUAUGAUUGGUUAGUUGCACAAACAACAAAGCUGAUUGGUGCAUUCAAACUAUUCAACAGGAAGUUUACGAUUAUACUAGGAAGUAUAUGAAUAUUUCGAGGAACUUGAUCAAAUGAAUUGGUCAGCCCGAGGUAAUGUAUUGAAUCAAUAUUUGAGGACCACUUCAAUUGUAACGGCAGUUAUAAAACAGCCUUGCCUGAAGGGUUACCGUUGUUAAAUAACUUUAUAAUAAUAAUAAUAAUAAUAAUAAUAAUAAUAAUAAUAAUAUCUCUUUAAAAAAAUGGAAAAAUAAGUCAGUGUUUGUAUGCUUCUUGGUUAAUUUAGUGCCAAAUGGAUUUAAUUUACGUUGCAGUUAUUGGAAAUGAUGUUGAAGGUGGCCACAGAGGAGGAGCAAGAAGAGUUUGGAGCGGCCCUUAAAGUGGAGUACAUGUCUGAGGACGCGGAUGCUUCUGAUGGAGGUUGGUGCCACAUGAAGUUAAAUUGGAGGGCGGAUGAUCUCACCCAGUUUUUUCGUACGUUGGACAUUCGGGCAAACGAGAGGAGGAAAGACCACGUGAAGGAACGCACGAAAAGAACGCAUUCGGCACUUUCCAGAAAACGUGCGCCAAAUGAUGCACCUGCUUGGGCUGUAAAGCCAGUCGAAACAGCUGAAAUUGCAGGCCCUGUCAACACAAACAGAACUCGUGGACGUGGAAUUCGAACACGCGGAGGCGGCAGGGGCGGAGGUGCUGGAACAGGACCGAGAUCUACUGCACGGAGAACGAUCACCUACGCAGCACAAGAAGUGCUUAAUUCUAUAGCAAAAUAAACAUACUAGAUAGCACAAACGGAUACAGCAAAUUCAAUUAACGUUGUCCUCUGAGUUGUCCUUUCUUAAUUUAUUGCAUGGUUCUUAACAUCUUAGCAAUACACCAUUUGCAAGCUUUGUCCCUCCUGUAUUACAUAUUUAUUUACGUCCAUUGGGCCUUUUGCUAUUCAAAUUGGACUUUGAGGAUAACCUUAAUUGAGUUAGUUGUCUCUGACAUUAAUGGAAUUAGACAUUUAGUCUAGAUUUAAUGACGUGCUUUAUAUCUAAAAUAUCCUAGUUAGUUUGCAUUCUAUUAUUUUAUGUUUGAUUUGAUGCAUUUAUACUUGAUAUUUAUAUUUCCUGCGUUCACGUUUCACUUGUCUCAGUCACAUAAAUAUGAAUUCGGUAUCAUACCAGGCAGCUACUGAGACGUACAAGCUGCAAACUGCUUCUUGUAUAUGUAUCCAUAUGAUAAUGAAUGCUAUUCACUUUUACUUUUACUGCAGGGUCACAUCUUUAAUGUCGCGCCCAAACG